AUGGCGUCCUCGGCGCAGAAGCGCGUCAACGUCGUGAUAUCCAGGCUCAUUCCGCCUGUGUUACUUGGUGCCGUGGUGUACGCUUCUUAUGCCAUCACCAAGCCAUUAUGCCUCGACUAUCUAAUUCAUCCGUUACCUUCCUAUGACCGAGGUUCUCGAGUCGGUGCUGGCGCCGCGAUUCUCGCGAUCUAUUACGUCCUUUUAGUCCCCAUGGUUAUCUCAUACAUACACCUUUAUUAUUACGUCCUAUGGAAUCCUGGAUACCUCCCUUUUGGCGAAGAAAAACUAGCAGAUGACGAAAAAGCCGAGCGAUCGAAACGAAAGAGGAGCACCCGCAAAAGCGACCCGGAGAAGACAAACCAGGCAGACGCGGAUGUGGAGAGAGGUUCAAAUUCCACAGCUGUAGGCAGCCCAGUUCAGUCGGAUGGUGCAUUGGAGAGUUUUUACACCAAAGAUGUCUUCGUCUGCCAGGAGGACGGCCGACCUCUAUGGUGCUCUACGUGCUGCCAGUACAAGACAGACAGAGCACAUCACUGUCGGGAGCUGGGUCGGUGUGUGCGCAAAAUGGAUCACUUUUGUCCUUGGGUUGGAGGUGUAGUGUCGGAGACAUCGUUCAAAUUCUUUAUUCAAUUCGUUGUUUAUACUUGCGUAUACUGCAGCUUCGUUCUUAUCGUGUCUGCCUAUUUCACGGCAGAGAUUCGACGCCAGACCGGAGGAGCAAAUCCCCAUUGGUGUGUCUGCAUCGGAUUGAGCGGCCUCUUCGCCUUUUUCACUGCCGGGAUGACCCUGAGCUCAAUCCAAAUGGCUAUCUUCAAUAUAACAACAAUCGAGAACCUAAACCGGCGCACAGCGGUCUGGACCCUAGCCAUCCGCAUUCCAGAAUACCUCCUGGAACGACUCUGGGCACCCGAGUCUCCCUGGGCUCCAACAUUUCGCAUGGUCUCCUAUCCUACCCAGACACCUUCGUCUCCAACACAGCCUCAAUCAAUCCACCCCUCUCCAGAUGAACGCCAUGUCUUCGCCAUUCUCCACACUCUGCCGGGCGAGAACCCUUUCGAUUUGGGCUCGUUCAAGAACCUCCAGCAGGUCAUGGGAUACAGUGUUCUUGAUUGGCUAUUACCGAUCAAGCAAAGCCCGUGUGCGGACCACCGUAGCAUGGAUAGCCAUUUUGCCCUGGGACCCGUGGUGACCCGCUUGAAGCAGGAGGCUGGACUGAUCCCGCCCGAUAACGGGGCUGCUCCACAGUCCCCACAUCCGGGGCGUACAUAG